UUAGCAACAGCCGUGGUUGUGGAGCCUGCCCAGGCAGUGUAAAAGUGAUCGACCCAGCGAGGCGUUGCAUUGUUGUGUUUCUGGCACUCGCACUCGCACUUGCACUCGCACUCUCGCUCGUCUCUUUUUGUUUUUCCACUUUGUUGUUGACUUGUCAUGACCUGAAUCCAAGUCUCCCCUCUUGCAGGUUCAAGAGAAUCCGUCUUUCUACCAUCUUCUCCUGUCGCGCUCGCACAGUAUUGUCGCCUGAUCAUUUGUUUACUGCUUAUCGAUCGGAACUCAACAAUUACUGAUAAACCACCCCCACCGCGGUUGGAAACCUCCUCCGAUAACCAUCGCCCACUAUGCGCACCACAGCAUCAGUCAAACCAUCCCACUACCCAGCGAUACCCUUCCACAUUAUCCGCGCAACGGGUCUUAUUUCGACCUUUAUCGUAGGCAUCAUUCUUGCUGUCUUCAUCACCAACCUCCACAGCCAUGGCUACAAACUUCCUUGGGCCUUCCUGGUCCUCCUAAUUGCCACCGUCCUGACCCUUCUCAACUACAUUCUCACGACCCUGACCCACUGCUUCUACGGCCUCUCCCCACGCCUCUCCCUAACCACCAACUCCAUCCUCCUACUCCUCUGGCUCAUCUCCCUCGGCCUCUUGAGCUACAGUCUCGCGCACACCAUCCUGACCAGCUGCACCACCACCUACUGGGGCACCUCGACCGGCAUCAACGUGUGCCGCAUCUACAAGGCGCUCUUCGCGUUCACCAUCGUCGCGACCGCCGCCCACAUCGCCGCCGUCGUCCUCGAUGUGAUCGUCCGCAGGCGGCAGACCCGCCUGGGCGAAUACGACCCGAUGGCCAGCAACGCCGCCCUCAACGACUACAAGAUGCACAACCGCGGGAGCAGCGUCAUGUCCGGCGGCGUGGGGCCCUACCACCCGGACGACAUGUACGCCCAGCCACACCCCGCGCAGCAGGGCCCCUAUGGGUACUCUGCCGGACAGGAGGCCUAUCACGAUGCACCACCGACCAACAUGCCCGGCCAGUAUAUGUCCCCGCCCCCGUCGUAUGGCGGGCUGGGAAGUCAUGCCGGCGCCGCAGCGGAGCACGACCACGCUCACGAGGUGGAGCAGUACGGCGACGCGGCGGCGGCGGGAGAUCUCGGGGCGCAGCACCCCAUGCCGCGGGUGCGCUUCAGCGCGUAUGGAGCUUCGGCGUCCACCGUAGGGUAUACCCGUCCUGCGGAGCAGACGGGGUAUGAUGCCGGGGCGUAUCGCUAGAUGACUAUUGUGAUUCGUUGGCCUCCUGUGGCAUUACGACCUCGUGUCCUUGAAAGAAUGCGCUCGCUGGAAUUGGAAGGAUUCUUUAUCCGGCGAAGCGCUUCUUGAAGGGUCUUACACUGUUAUAUUAUGGAUUUGAUGCGUUACGAUCUUGCACUGUACAUGAUCUAUUCUUCGAAUUGAACAUUUUGAACCACUCAAAAUGGCUCGGGAUCAGUUGUCGUGACUCACGGCGUCUGGUUAGAAUACAUUAGCGCACGUGUCCAUCUCAUCGUGUAUGCCGUAACGUCGUUCUUACUGAGCACUGUACAGGAUGAUUUGGUGUCGAUGACCUUGGAUAGAGCUUUUCUUCAGGUCGGCGUUUUCUAGGAACAUUUUCCCGUGUUUCUUUCGGCCCAUUCACUUACCCCAAUGCAUUUAUCCAC